AUGGCAUCUAGUGCUUCAUCUAGAAAUAGUUCUAUAAAUUCUUUAAGAUCAUUUAAAAAAGAAAGUACUAUUUCUACUAUUAAUGAAUGUACAAAAACAUCCUGGAACAUGGAGAUGCCUGGUAGUAAAGAUAUUAAAAAAAAGCGUUUUUUUGUUAGAAAAAAUGCUACUUUAAUAUUAGAUAGUAUUUUGCAUAAUAAAAAUCAUUCAUCACAAUAUGUUUCACCAUCAGAACAACCAUUAAUCAAAAGUUCUGAUGCAAAAAAGAAGGUGGAUCUUGAAAAAGGUCAUUCAAUUCCUUCUCUUAAAUUUUCUUUUUCUGAUUCUGACAUAAUAACAAUGCCAGAAGAAAGUAAUACUAUUAAUGAUUUACCACCUGUAUCUCAUCAUGAAUUUGGUCAUAAUAAAUCAACUGACCAUUUUACACAACAAUUUGCACCAUUACCAAAACAUGGAAGUGUUAAAAGUAAAGGUGAAAAUGAAGGUAGUUUUUUUAGUCCUAAAAAAACCUUCAAAAUGGCUCAUGCUAGUUUUAGAAAUAGAAUACAUAGAGAGAUGUAUGGAUUAGAAACGGUCUUUAUGACAAAAAAAAGAACACGUGAUACAAAAAGUUCAGAAUUUCAAGGAGGGGAUCUCAAUAAAUAUACUUCCCGGACAUAUGCAAUACAAAAUGGAAAUGAAAUAUUUGGAGGUUAG